AUGAAUAUUUUACCAAAAAAGAGAUGGCAUGUAAGGACAAAAGAUAAUAUAGCACGUGUGCGGCGUGACGAAGCAGCUGCCCGUGAAGAAGAACGUAAAAAACAAGAGAAACUUGAAUUUGCGGAAAGUGAAGCUCGUAUCAACUUUUUGCGCACCAAAUCUGGACUUCCCGAAAAACACCGUGAAGAAGUUCCAACUACAGCAGAAGAUGACGAAGCCACCUCAAGUGGACAGCAGCAACAUGUUAAUCUCUUUGCCGACUAUAAAACACAUGUCAAAACCACCAACAAGGAAUUGGAACGAGAAAAGAAAGAAGAACAAGAAAAAUAUGAGAAAAAGAUUGGCUACCUAACAUACUUGGGUCAGGAUACCAAUGAGGCAUUACGUUUGAAAAGUUGGUAUGAAGUUGCUCCGAAAAGAAUCGAUGUAGGUGACGAACGAGAAAUUGUGGAAAAGGAUUUGAAGACUAAACACAAUCAAGAUCCUUUGACGUUUAUUAAAGCAGUUUUACCGCCAGAAACCAAGAUAGAAAUUAAAACCUCCAAUAAACGUAAACGAAGUCCUACGCCAGUUCCUCCUCCGACUCCAGAGACCAAGACUGAGGAGAGUGAUGUAAAACGACACAAAAAACAUAAAAAAGACCGCAAGAAGCAUAAAAAAGAAAAGCAUAAGAAACGUGACAGGGAACACAAACAGAAGAAAAAGAAAAAAUCCAAAGAUCGUGAUGAGGACGAUGUCAUACAGAAACGUUUAAAAUUGGAGCAGUUACGAAAGGAACGACUACGAAGGGAAAUGAUCGAAAAGGCACGACAGGAGGCAUUACUUGCUCCCAAGAAAGCAAUACAGCCCUCGGAGCAACCGGUCACACCUCGUGUUGUACAAAAAUACAAUAGUCAAUUUAAUCCGGAAUUGGCAAAACAAAAUAUGAAUUAA